AUGGCACCAACGGGUCAGGGCGGCCAAUGGCAAGACGUGCUCUGUUGCACACAAUGCUCUCAACAUUUCAAUGAGACGACGUUGCCGGUGAAUCUGAUAUGCGGACACGUGAUUUGUCGAAAAUGCGCCAAAUCGCCGACGAUUCAGGCGAAGCCGUGUCCGAACGAUGAUUGGGAGCCGAGCAUUGCGAUUCAAGAAUACCCGACGAACGUGGCGCUGUUGUCGUUGGCGAUGCCGCGAUUCGACGUCAAGAAAUUCUCGAACGCGUCGACGGACGACGAAAUUGCGGUCGAUGAGACGCUCGUCGAAAUCGCCUCGUUUUUUCGAAAAGCCGAAAGCGAACGCGGCGGAACGGUGUACAGUAAUAAGCUCUCGCGAACCCUUCAGCGAAAAGUUGUCGCGUUGUUGUGCUAUCAAUGGAAAGAGAUCGACGGGCAAAUGAAGUGCUUCAAGGCGAUUCGAGCGAUUGCCGAAAGGGUUAUGAUGGAGGUGCUUCUCGCGAUUCAGAGCAACACGCACGUGAGCGCCCAAUUAUGGACGGCGGUUCGCUCGCGCGGCUGCCAAUUCCUCGGGCCCGCCAUGCAGGAGGACGUGCUUCGUCUGAUAUUGAUAACGCUCGAAAGCGGCGAUAUGAUUGCGCGAAAGAAUUUGGUGAUGUACGUGGUGACGACGUUGGCGCCCGAUUAUCCGCAAGUGUCGAAGACGUGCGUCGGACACGUCGUCCAGUUGCUCUAUCGCGCCUCGUGCUUCAACGUCAUCAAACGCGACGGGCAAUCGUCGCUGAUGCAGCUCAAAGAGGAGUUUCGGAGCUAUGAGAGUUUGCGGCGCGAGCACGACUCGCAGAUUGUGCAGAUCGCGUUCGAGGCGGGCCUCCGAAUCGGACCCGAUCAGUGGAGCGCGUUGCUCUACGGCGAUCAGAGCAAACGAUCGCAUAUGCAAUCGAUCAUCGACAAGCUCCAAUCGGCUAACGUUUACUCGCAGUGCGUCGACGAGCUUCGGCACGCCGUCAAUUCGCCGUCGGCGAGCAUGUCGAUGAACACGAAAAAGUUGGUCAACGAGAUGUUGCCGAUUCUCGAGAUAUUCGAGGAGUUCAACGCCGAGAAUGGAACGAUCGAGGAGCUCGCCGAGCAGCUCAAAUGUCUACUCAAAGUGCUGAGAAUGCACGCGGAGAACGAUCGACGACAGCAGAAGCAGCAGCAGCAACAACAACAACAGCGGCAGCAGCAGCAAAUCACGACGACGUUGGAUGUCGAGACGAGACGAUAUCAGAUGAAUCGAUUCAAGACGAGAAUGUGCAUAAAUUUGGAGAAGAAUGGGCGGUGCGAACGCGGAGUGAAAUGCUCGUUUGCUCAUAAUCCGGAGGAGCUUCGCGAUCAGCCGACGACAGCGUCGACGCCGUCGCAGAAGCAGCACCACCAUCAGCAGCAGCAGCAGCAGCAACAGCCGGCUCCGUCGGCGCCUCCGCAGCCGCCACCGCCUCCUCCGGUCGCCUAUCAGCCGCCAUCACCGCACCAUCCACACCCAUUCAAUUAUCAUCAUCGGCGAGCUUAUGGUCCGCCGCCGCCGCCGCCGCGGGCCAACUUCGGCCCGCCCCCGCCUCCUCAUUUCUAUCAUUGUCCGCCGCCGAAUCUAUCGCGGAAUCCGGCGAUGACGGCGCCGCCGAUGAAUCCGAAUAUUGCGCAUCCGCCUCCGCCGCCGCCGCCGCCUGGCACACUGCUCUAUCGAUUCCCGUCGGCGGACGCGUCGGCGCCUCCGCAAAACGGCGUUGUGCUUGUGCCGCAGCCGGCGGCUCCCGGUUCAAUGGUGAUUAUGCAGGCGGCGGGCGCUGCCGGUCAACCGGCGCCUCCUCCACCGCCACAGCCGUUGGUGAUUGCGGCCGGUGCGCCACCGACGUCACAAGCGCCGCCGCCGCCACCUCCACCACCACCACCGCCGCCACCUCCACCUCCGCCAUCGGCGCCACCUUCGCAGAACGCGACGAUUCAGCCGCCACCACUGAACGCCAUUUGGGCGGCGCCUUCGCCAACCGGCGGUCAAAAUUUGAUAUUCUCCGGCACUUCGCCACCCCAUCCCGGACAGACGUUUUGGAUUCAAUCCCCACAAGCUCCCAUAAUGCACUCGAUGGAUUCGUAUGAUUAUAGCCUCAUUUGGGGUCCGCCGUUUCCGAGGGAUUCUGGAGCUGACGCCGAACAGCUGCUGAUGAAGAGGAACGAGAUUCUCAACCGACUCGCUCCGCCGUCAUCGGUCGACGAUGAGGAUGUUGAAGACGGCGGCGGUGUCGGACACGUCUCGUACACGGUGGCCUCAUCGGUUCUCGAUGAUUCGGGCAAUCAUCCGAUCACGCUGCUCAGCUUGAAUCCCGGCGCGCCGAUCGAUCUGCCCGGCAUUCCGGUGACGUUCGCCGCGGUGCCGACAGAAGAGACGAUGACACGAAUCGGCGAGAUGGUUCAGAAUCGACCGCGCGCUGGCUCGCUCACACAACCGACGGGAAUUCUGGUGCCGCAACAGGUGAUGCCGACAUACGACGCCUCGCCGGCGACGGUUCAGUCCGAUGGCUCGACGAUGAGCGUUCGCGAGAGUAUUAGUCAGCCGAUUGCGACGCCGACGGUGGCCGCUGCGAUUCCGCUGACGACUGUCGUCGCCGCGCCGCCGCCGCUCAUCGUCGACGGCGCCACCGGAAUGCUGACGCCGAUGCGGCCGAUCAUGGUGGCGGCGUUUCCGCAGGACGUCGUGUCGAGCUCGCUGGACAAAAUUGUCGACGUGAAAGAGCGCCUGAGCGAGGCGCAGCAGGGAAGCGCGCCGGAAGCCGUCAACGAGCACCUUCGGAUGGAGUUGCGAAUGGCCGAAGGCGAGAUGGCGAACCUCGAUCCGUUCACAAAGAAGAGCUGUCUGCUCAGAGAGCUGCGGCAGGUCGACAGAGAGCUGCAGAAGUUGCAGAUCGAGCCGAAUCAAAUGUGA